AUGUCCGAGCCUGCCCAGUCUCCACGCGAGGUGCUGUCCUCCUCGUGGCGACUGGAGCCCGCCAGCCUGGCGGAGGCCGAGGGGCGGCUGAGGGGCCACGGCGUGCACGUCGCCGGCGCCACGCCGAGUCUGCUGGGCCGGGCGGGCGAGGUAGCGGCGUGGCUCUCGGAGCACAGGCACGAGGUGGCCUCGUUCGUCGUGCUGGACGACGUCGACCUGUGCCCCGCCGGCUUCCCCACGGCGCUGGGGCGCGCCCUGGUCGGCGGCUGCGUCGUGGUCGACGGCGCGGUGGGCCUUACGGACGCCGACGCCGAGAGGGCGCUGGAGAUCCUCGUGGCUGACCCCGCCGCCGCCCGGGCGCGCGUCGACGCCGCCGUCGAGGCCUUCGAGCGCGAGGCCGCCGUGGACGGGGCGCUCGAGCGCGGAGCGGCGGGGCCCGCCGGGGCGUCCCGCGGCGCGGCGGCGGAGGAGGACCUGAUGCUCGAGGGAGGAAGAGCGCC